AUGGUACAUAAUUUCGCCAACGUGCCCGAAGGUGUAUCCUCACUCUUGGAUACGGAUCUCUACAAGCUGACUAUGCAAUGCUGCAUUCUCAAGUUUUUCCCAGAUGUCUCAGUCACAUAUGGCUUCACCAACCGCACGCCAGAAAAGAAGCUCAACCGCGCGGCUUUCAAAUGGCUCCAGGUGCAAGUUGCGAAGCUCGAGAACAUACGUGUCACCGACGAUGAACUCAGCUUUCUGAAGAAGACUUGUCCAUACCUGAACGCACAAUACCUACAUUUCCUGUCGACAUUCAGACUCCAACCUUCGAAGCAGCUGAGAUUAGAGUUCAAUGUUACAGACGAUACCGGCGCCGACAGCGACCUGGGCGACUUCCGCAUACACACCGAAGGCCUUUGGCUUGACACCAUCCUCUACGAGAUCCCACUCCUCGCCCUUGUCAGCGAAGCAUACUUUAAAUUUGUUGAGACAGAUUGGAGUUAUGAAGGCCAGGUCGACAAGGCAUACCAGAAAGGAUGCACAUUGCUUGAAGGCGGUUGCAUUGUUUCCGAGUUCGGAUCGCGAAGACGACGCGACUACCACACCCAAGACCUGGUAUUGCAGGGUCUCCGCCGGGCUGCAGAUGAGGGGCAGAAGGCUGGUUGGCCAGGCAAGCUGACAGGCUCGAGCAAUGUCCACUUUGCUAUGAAGCACGAUCUUCUACCCAUCGGAACAGUUGCACAUGAGUGGUUCAUGGGCGUCGCUGCCAUUACAAAUGACUACGAGAAUGCAAAUGAAAUUGCGCUGGAGUACUGGACGGCCACGUUCGGGGAAGGCGUCUUGAGCAUUGCGCUUACAGAUACGUUUGGCACACCGACGUUCUUGAGGGCGUUUAAGAAGCAGAUUCCAGCGGUCACAACAGCUAUACCAGGAGGUGCCACCACAGUGCCAUCUGCAGUAGCUACAACGAAUCCUGAUGCUGUGCAAUCAAUGGCUUCUACCAAGCCGCCGAUUGAAGCUCCCAUUCAUGAGACUGUGGGGCCACGCAAGACGUAUGCGCAAACCUUCGUCGGAGUUCGCCAAGACUCUGGAGACCCUCUAGAUUUCAUCAAGAUGAUGCGUGAAUUCUAUGAUAGAGAAGGCAUCCAAGACAAGAAGACGAUCGUCUUCUCUGACUCGCUGAACAUCGAAUUAUGCUUCAAGUACAAGGCAGCAGCCGAAGCACAAGGCUUCCAGCCUACAUUUGGUGUCGGAACGUUCCUGACUAAUGACUUCGUAGAGAAGUCGACAGGUAAGAAAUCAGUGCCCUUGAACAUCGUUAUCAAGAUCGCUUCGGCAUCGGGCCGCCACGCGGUCAAGAUCAGCGACAACAUCGGCAAAAAUACAGGUGAUAAGGCAACAGUGGAUGACGUGAAGCGCCGGCUUGGCUAUACAGAGAAGGAAUGGGCUGGCGGUGACGAGAAAACAAGAUGGGGCAGCUCUGCCCAGCCAGCUGCGAAGUAA